AGUGCAUAAUUAUUGUUGAAGGAAUAUUGCGGAGCUUGUCAUGAAAUGGACUGGCAAAGUGGGGUGAACGAAUAUCAUCAUAUUAUCACACCACCUACGUGCAUUGCAGGAUGGCGAUCUUCAGUUCGUAGCAAUUAUUCGCGUUCAAGGCAAUACAAACUACCAACAACAAACAACCAUGGUGACCACAACAGACACCAAACCGCCCGUCUACGUAACUGUCUCGGCCCUCGACGCCGGCCACCUCACCCUCCCCGAGCGCCUCUUCGUUACCGAUGCCGACCCGGAAAAGCGCGCCACAGUCCCCUCCCUCUCGUUCCUCAUCCGGCACCCAUCGCCCUCUCCCAAACAAGCCGGCGCAAGACAUGUUACCAAUCUUGUCUUCGACCUCGGCGUCAAGCGCGACCUCAAUGGCUACCCACCCAAGCAGCGGGAGCACAUCGCGCAGCGACGGCCCAUCACCACAGACCCGGACUGCGCUGCCAGUCUCCGCAGGGGCGCCAUGGGAAGCAACAGCGGAGGUAAUACGAAGGAUGGGGCUACGGGAGAGGUCCUUCUCGACCCGGACAGCGACAUUGACAUGGUGAUUCUCAGCCAUGUCCACUGGGACCAUGUCGGCACACCAUCCGACUUUCCCAGCGCCACUUUCGCCGUCGGGUCCGGCACGCUAGACUUGUUGAAGCACGGCGCCGGCCCCCUGUAUCCGGCCGAGAUUUUCAACGACGAUGAGCUGCCCGCGUCUCGAACUGUCGAGUUCCCACCCGUUCCUAGGAGUGGCAGUGGCGCAUACGACGACGGCCCAUAUGCCCCCAAACACACGCCCACGCCUACAGACACACACGCCAAGCUGCCGCCUUCUGCCGAGAACUGGUCCUGGCAGCCCCUUGCGGGAUUCCCUCACGCGCUGGAUCUCUUUGGCGAUGGCAGCGUCUAUGCCAUUGACAGCCCGGGUCACCUCUACGGCCACGUGAACCUGCUCGUUCGCACCGGCGAGCGCACAUAUGUCUACUUGGGCGGGGACUGCUGCCACGAUCCGAGGAUCUUGAGCGGCGAGAAGGGGAUCGCCAUGUACGAGGACGGCAGGGGCGGGAUGAGGAGUGUGCAUGUGGAUACGGGCGUGGCGAGGAAGACACUGGAUUGGAUCGCCGAACACGGCCUCGGAGUUAUGGGCUAUCCCAUGGCGAAGAACCUCCACGCCGGUCUUGGUCCUGAAAAGACACUUCUCAUCUGCGAUGUCAGCACCGAAGCCCUAAACCGAUUCAAAGCAGAGACGGAGGGCAAAGGGCACGUCGAGGUCAUUACCAACGGCUUUGAGGCGGCAAAGGCAGCUAACACCGUCAUCACCAUGCUCCCUGGCUCCGCCGCCGUCAAGGCCGUCUACCUCGACCCGCAAACCGGUAUCCUCGCGGGCGCCGUCGCAGCAGCAGAAGAAGACUCCUCAUCACCCGAACAAAAACUGAUCAUGGAAUGCGGAACAAUCGAGACCGACACCAUCCUCGCCGUCGCCAAGGUUGCCCAAGAAACCAGCGCAUCUAAGCUCUCCAACGCUCUCACCUUUGUCGACGCCCCUGUCUCCGGCGGACCCAUGGGUGCCCAAGACGGCACGCUCACAUUCAUGGCCGGCUGCAAUCCCGAUGCGUCCCCCCGAGUCUUCCCCAUCGUCAAGUCCUACCUGCAGCACAUGGGUAACCCCAACGGCAUCUUUUUGUGCGGCGAUGUCGGUGCCGGCACCGCCUUCAAGAUUAUCAACAACUACCUCAGCGCCAUCACCUCGCUCGCCGCCUCCGAGGCCCUCAAUAUUGGCGUCAAAGCCGGUCUAGACCCAAAGUUGCUGACAGAUGUCAUCAAUGCGAGUGGUGGGCAGUGUUGGGUUACAAGCAAGAGCAACCCCGUGCCGGGGGUGCAGGCAAAUGUGCCGAGCAGUAGGGGGUAUGAGGGAGGUUUCAGGAUCGAGCUUUGCGCCAAGGUGUUGGGGAUGGGGACUAGGUUGGCGGAAAUGGUGGGUGCCAGAACAGUGCUGGAUGGGCCGACGUUGCAGGCAUUUGGAGAGGCCAUGGCGGAUGAUAGAUAUCGGGGGAAGGACGCGAGGGUGGUGUAUAAGUGGCUGAACGACAGCGAGAGGAAGUAGUUUUAUGUAUGUGCUUAUGCUCUCACGCCUGCAGCCACCGCCCCCAGUCACGACAACCGGGUGGGAAAUCCGGAAUUUUGGCUAACCCUGGAGGAGGCAUGGAGGAGGCAUGUUUUAAAGUUUCGGAUUUUGUUACAUACCUAGGCAAACCUUACUUUGACUAGACUUCCAGCACAAGGUUUGGCCUUCUCAGAUAUAUAUACCAGCUCUUGCCC